CAUAGUCGUUAUUGCUGAUUAGUGUGUGAGAGAGAGGGGUCGAAGACGAAAGGAGCGGAGCGAGAAAGUGAAGAUGAAGGAAGAAGUUAUAAGCUCUUCUGGAGAUCCGUUCAUACCCCCCAAAUCAUCUUCUCCACCUCCAACCCCUACCCCUGCUGCUAGUUCUGCAGGGGCAUCAUAUCCUGUUGUCCCAACAAAUGUUGGCAGCAUAGACUGGUUGGGUCAUGGACAGGGAUCCAAAACAGGUUCUCUAUCUCGAAUAGGUUCACAGCACCAGCAUCCUUCGUUGAGUACAAGUGCCUGUGGUUCUGCUAUUGGGUCAUCAAAUCCUUCUUGUAGACCAUGGGAGAGGGGGGAUUUACUGAGGCGUCUUUCUACAUUUAAGCCUGCAAAUUGGUUUGGAAAGCCCAAGGCUGCCAGUUCUUUGGCUUGUGCUAGAAGAGGCUGGGUAAAUGUUGAUAUUGAUAAGAUUGAGUGUGAGUCCUGCGGUGCGAACCUGGAAUUUAUUUCGUCGACUUCCUGGUUGCCUGCAGAAGCUGAUAGCAAGGGGGAAGACUUCGCCAAACAGCUAGACGGAGGGCACAACGUCACUUGUCCCUGGAGAGGAAACAGCUGUGCAGAAAGCUUGGUGCAAUUCCCUCCUACUCCACCAUCGGCCCUGAUUGGGGGCUAUAAAGAUCGCUGUGAUGGACUCUUGCAGUUCCUCUCCCUCCCAGUUGUUUCUGCAUCUGCAAUUGAGCAGAUGCAGGUUUCUCGGGGCCCGGAAAUUGAUCGCUUUCUGGUUUACUCACAGGCUUUUGCAGCCGGAGAAUCUGGCUUUAGGGCGGAGAAUAUCUCAGGAAAUGGAAACACCAGAGAAGAGGCCUUCUGCAUAUACUCUCGUGCCCAGAAGCUGAUAAGCCUGUGUGGAUGGGAGCCAAGAUGGCUUCCAAAUAUUCAGGACUGUGAGGAACAUUCUGCUCAAUCAGCUAGAGAUGGAUGCUCAAUUGGUCCUACCAAAGACCGUCGUCAUAUGCAAGAUCCUGGUCCCAGCAAGAAGGCAUUGUCUGCUUCAACUAAAAAAGAUUGUACAAAAAAUGAAGUACCAGGUCAGGAGUCUAAAUGCGAAUACAGGUCACCUUUGCUAGAUUGUAGCUUAUGUGGAGCCACAGUCAGAAUCUGGGACUUCCUGACUGUUGCUCGUCCUGCUCGCUUUGGUCCUAAUAUUGAUAUUCCUGAAACUAGUAAGAAAAUGACAUUGACUCGUGGAGUAAGUGCGGCAAGUGGCAUCAGUGGAUGGGUUGCUACUGAUGGUAUGGGGAAGGAGCAGACUGAGGGCCAUGAUGAAGCUGCAACAACAGAUGAAGUGAAGACGCUGUCAAAUGUUGGGUUGGAUUUAAAUCUCACGAUUGCUGUUGGUUUGUCCUCUACUCAGUUGCAUAUGACUGCGAUAUCUGAACCCUACCAAGACACUAAUAUGGGAAGGGAUCUAAUAAUUGGUCAGCCUUCCAGCAGUGAGGUUGGUGAUCGUGCAGCUUCGUAUGAAUCACGAGGUCCCAGUCGUCGUAAGCGAAAUUUUGAUGAAGGUGGAAGCACCGUUGACAGGCCACAUUUAAUGAUGCGACAGGCAGACAGCAUUGAAGGAACUGUCAUUGACCGUGAUGGUGAUGAAGUAAAUGAUGAUGAACAAUACUCCGCUGGCCCUUCAAAACGUGCCCGAGACUCGGAUGUUUUUGAAACCUACCGUACAUCAUAUGGGAGAGAUUCAUCCGGUGCUGGUCCAAGCCAGUCAUUGGGUUUUGAAAUAGAAACAGAUGCUCAUAGAUUUGAUCAUUUCCCUCAAGAAAAUGAACAAGUCAUUGGUAUUCCAUCAACUAGAGAUUCUGCACGUGUCUCCUCUGUUAUAGCAAUGGAUACAGUCUGUCACAGUGCAGACAAUGAUUCAAUGGAAAGUGUUGAAAAUUAUCCUGGAGAUGUUGACGAUGUCCAUUUCCCCUCUACGACGAUGUUCAAAAAUACAGAUGUGAAUGAGACAUCAGAAUUGAACUACAGUAACCAGGCACAGCAGAGUACUUGCCCAGCUGUAGUAAGAAAUGCUGGUGAGAUGGGUGUUAGCAGCACAAAUGAUGGUGAUGAGGUAUUAAAUACAGAUACUGGGACUGCUCAUGGGAGGGAUGGGCCUAGCUUUGGUAUUAGUGGAGGGAGUGUAGGAAUGGGUGCUAGUCAUGAAGCUGAAAUCCAUGGGACUGAUAUAUCUGUCCAUAAACCGGACAGUGUUGUUGGUGAUGUGGAACCAAUUGCUGAAGUCGUUGAAAAUCAGGGUCAAACAGGUGAAUUUGCUCCAGAUCCCGGACUAAUGGGCGACUUUGUCCCUGAAAUAAUGGAUCGAGAGGAUCCUCAUGGUGAUAGUCAAGAUCUGAUGUCUCGAUCUAUAGGAAGGGCUGACAGUGGCUCAAAAAUUGUUGGUUCAGCCAAGGCUGAAUCUGUUGAAAGUGGUGAGAAGACCAGUAACAUGCAGAUACCACCACAUGGGAACAGUGCCCGUCCUUCUCCUUCUCUUUCUUGCAAUGCCAUAGUAUGUUCUGGUUAUGAAGCAUCCAAAGAAGAAGUGACACAGGCUGACAAGGGGUCUCCUGUUCAUGAGAAUGCAUACCCUGAGUUAAGUUAUUUGGUUGCAAAUGGAAUAGGUCCUCCAAACGGAGAAAGCAGCUAUGAAGCAUCUGUUGAGUUUGAUCCAAUUAAGCAUCACAAUUAUUUCUGUCCUUGGGUGAACGGAAAUGUUGCAGCAGCAGGCUGUAGUAGUAGCAGUGGCUCCAGUUCCAGUGCCAGUGCUAUAGCUCUUUGUGGUUGGCAGCUGACUUUAGAUGCCCUUGAUGCCUUCCAUUCACUUGGACAUGUUCCAAUCCAAAAUGUGGAAUCCGAAUCGGCUGCAUCUAUGUACAAGGAUGAUCAUCGAACUCCUGGUCGAAAGCUCUUGGCUCGUCAUUCCUUGAGCAAAAGUCAUGGACAAAACUGAACUUGAAUCUCAAUCCAGAGUAUCAGCAACUGUUGUCGUGGCAUCUUGCAUCUCCCAAUAUCAAUGGUUUUCAAUUCCAGCUACUGCAGUGGUGGAAGAAAUUAAUAAGUCAAUUGGUUGCUUCAUCAUUGCGGCUGCAGCAAUUUAGGACAAAGUCAGCGUUCUGGUAUCUUAUAUUUUUGAGUUGGAGAUGCUAAGAUAUGUUGUUUAAUGGAGUUAGAAAGCUUAUAUUCCCUCCUCAUUAUUUUUAAUUUUAUUUUAUUAUCUUUUUGAAAGCAGUAAUAAUAAAACAGUUUGGCUGUGGACUUGGUCAUCAGCUGUCAGGACAGAUGGGUAAUGUUUUAUUGACAUUUAGAAUAAUGUUCAUUUCAUAAUAGUCUAAUUAUGUUUGACACCACCAAAACUGAAGCCAUUGGCUAUAUCUUUGAUAAAUAAGACCUGUUAGGUGUUAGAGAUUUGUUUAAA